AUGGCAACAGGGUCCCUCCCUCUCCAGAGAGAAUCUCGGUAUCCGGCCAGUGUUGUCUCAGCAGCGGCGGACUGUCCUAAUUUCCACGCGCCCAGCAGCGACAGCAGCGCAAGGGGACAGACAGAGGAGAUGCGGGAACGCAGCUGCUCAGCGAGUUUUACUAUCACGAUGUUCUGGACCAUACAUAUGGAAGGUAGUCCAUGCACCUUGAAUACUCCAGCUGUGGCCGUGGGCAACAGCAUCUUUUCAUUUGGUCAGGCUUGUUGUGAUCGAUCAUCUCAGAAUCUGGUGGUCAGAAUGUUUAAUACGACCAACUAUCGUUGGUCUUUCAUGGAAACUAGAGCAGAAGAAGGCGAGAGAAUUCCGGAUGAGAGAUACGGUCAUACAGCAGUAGCAUAUAUGUCUAAGGUUUACGUUUGGGGUGGAUCAACUCAAGAUGAAAAUUAUUUCUUUAGAAAAUUGUGCUGUUUUGACACAACCACCAAUACUUGGAGUUUCCCAGAGGUUUCUGGAUCUAUACCUCGCGGUAGGGUAAACCAUUUUGCUUGCCUUGUAGGAAAUUUAAUGUAUAUCAUAGGAGGAUUUGAGCAGUUCAGACCAAAUAUUUGCAAAGAAAUUUACGCUUUGGAUUUGGAAUCGAUGACAUGGGAUAUCGUUAAAACUAGAGAAAAAUUUCCUAAACUAAACAUGAAGUGUUGCUUUGCUGUUAUGGGUAAUCGUAUAUAUUUCUUUACUGGAAAACUUCAUUGGAAUGAAAUAACUUACUUAGACACAGUCACUUGUAAGUGGAGUACUACUUUUGCCACAGGUCAAGUGCUUUCCCUUAGAAGAUGGGCACAGACCUUUGUUUUUGGAAGGCACAUCUACCUUUUCGGAGGGCGUGAUGAAAUCUAUUAUCUGGAUUAUAAUGAUAUUCAGAGGUAUACUCCAGAAACUAAUGAGUGGAAAGCCGUGAAGCCACUGGGCCUUGCUCCUGUUCCA